UGUGAACUUACGGUUUUGUUUUUGACUGAAUUUGAUUUAAUGCGGUGAAUAUUUUCAAUUCAACUGUCGUCGCCUCAUGGCUUUCGUUAGUGAUUUGAUUGCUGCUGGAGUCAUUGAAAAAGAUUCAAACAAUGAUGUCUUAUGGACAUGGGCUUAUCCUGCAAUGUUGUCCGAAGAUAAAGCCUUACUUAUUAGCAAGUGUGGUCUGGGUAAUAAUGACUUAGGACAUGAUCUUGGCCAUGGACAUCAUACAGUAUCAUUUUGUUAUUGUCAUCAUCAUCAGUCUUGGUUCUAUUUGCAUUUAACAGAACUUUUUGAACUUCCAAUUUUACCAAAGGUUAAACAAUUUGUAUUGGUACUUCAAACUAGAGAUUUCAAUCCUGAAAAAUAUGAAAGUUUGUCUCGAAUACUUAGUAAAACAUACUGCCAAACGGGUAAUCCAGCAGAUAUGUUACAACUGUACCUUUCUGUUCUUGUGAAAGGCAAGUGUUCAUCUGAAGAUAAUGGCACAUUUCUUGUGCAGCAGUUUGAUGAAAUUAGUGUAUAUUCUUCGGUUCCUGCAAAAGAUGUGGUUAAAACAUUUGGAUUGGAAACAAUUUUAAUAUAUACAGCACUAUUAUUGAAGAAGCGGAUUGUUGUUUAUCAUCAUCGUUUGGACACAUUAUUAUGCUUUGUCAGAGCUCUUCCAGCAUUUGUGUGGCAUAGGCAAAAUUGGAACAUCAUAUACCCAUACAUGCAACUUUCUUCAGAAGUUUCAGAGCUGCUUACAUUAUCUACAUAUGUAGCUGGUUUCCGAGAUGCUGCUGUUGAAAGCAGAACUGAUUUAUAUGAUGUAUUUGUAAAUUUAGCAGCAAUUGAAAUAACUAUUGCAGCCCAUGCUAAAGAAAUAUUUGCUAUGACGAAGACACAUAAAGAUAUUGCAGUAUUCAUGACUAGACAAGCAGAAAAUACAGAGUUAAGUGAUAAAAUGUUCAUAAAGGAAGUCUCAAAUAAAACUAAUGAACUGCUUAAAAACUUGAAAACUCUAGCUGUGAAAAAUGAAUUUGGUCAGGAAGUGAUCAGAUUAUCAGAUCUUAAAGAGAAGAAAGUUAAUUUGGCUCUUGAGAAUUUUUUGUGGAACUUGGCAAUUGCUGAAGGUUAUGUUGAUGUCUAGAUUUUAUAUAAAAUGUCAUUUUUGGUAUGUUGUACAUUACUCAUUUUUAAGUGCCUCAGAUUGGAUAUUUCAUUGUAUAUUUUGUCUAAAUAAAUUAUACAUGAACAUUUGUAUAUAUUUCAAA